GCUGCUUUUCCCUAAAAAGUCAUCGUUAACAUCUUAAGCAAUUGCCCUUCUAGACGGUGUCCCAGUGCGUAAUUCUACGCAUGCCACGUGCUCUUCACUAAGCUGCUGCUGACCGAACCUAGAAAAGCCGCCAAGAUAGACAAUCAAAGUGCCAGACAGACAGACAAUCCCGCUGCGGGAAUGCGCUUUGUUGGCAUCCUGCCCUGUACCCUACAGUGGCAGCAGCAGCCUUCGGCGCCGCCUCCUUCAGUGUCAACUGGUAAAGCUCCCAAGCUGAUUAGCUACGGCAAUGCGGCUCGUUCGAGCGGACAACCAUAUCCCGCAAUGUCUUCCAUCAACGAAACCAAUUGCUGCAACGAUGGAAGCAAUCAAAUGACGACAACGCCUGCUAGUUGUUGUCAGGAGUGUCGAUGCUGUAAGCAGAGCUAUGAGCAUUUGCCUGUACCUCGGCUGCAGCAUCAGCAGCCACCACCGCCGUUGCCUCAAUAUCGACAGCACAAGCAACAGCAACAGGUCAACUGUAUAACGACUCUUCAACAGACGACAACAACAACACAAAAGAUGCAGCAGUUGCCUGGGGGCAAUCUCAACUGUUUGGCCAUGCCGGAAACAACAACAACACGAACAACGUACAUGAGCAAUGUGCCACCGCAUCAUUGUCAUCCCCGUUGCAAUGGACAAGACAACAUCAACAUUAGGAACAGCAACAGCAGUAAAAGUAACAGCAGCCACAUGUCAGCACCUGCACCUGCACCUGCAAUGACCUGCCAGGGUCAAGGAACACCAAUGUUUUUUCUACCCUUUACGUUGCCAACUUUACCGCAAUCUUCGAGCGAUGAUACAAAAACUCUGAUCUAUUCCAAAAAUGUACCGCCACCGCCUCAACCGCCACAGCCGCCGGCACCUUUAACUCUGGCCUGCCAGUAUCAACAAGUACCAGUUCAGGUUCAGCCGCUAAUACCACCGCCGCCUAUGCCUCAAAUGCUUGUAUCCUGUCAAUUGCCAACCACAGAAGCAGUUUCACCACCACCAGCACCACAAUUGACGACGGAUGGACGUGUGCUAUCACUGAAAUCGGUGGCUUCUCAUGCCAUCAGUGCAUAUCAGAAGAAUGGCAAAUUGCCCAGAAACCUGCCCGCAUUGCGUGCCAUGGAAAUGGCUCUACGUACCAACUCCUUUGCAAUAACAACAACGGCAGCAACAUCAACAGAAGCAGCCGGAUCAGGAGGAGCAACAGCAUGCACAAGAGGUGAACUGGACAUGGAAGACAGCAGCGAUUCGGAAAUGGAGUACAUGCCGCCAUUGCAUACUGGAGUAGCUAGGAAAACCAAGGCAGAUGCCGGCAUACCGAUGUAA